AUGAGGACUGCAUUCACCUUCAUCAUGAGGGGAAUCGUACUAGCUCUUCUGCUCACCCUUGCGGAAGGCCAGAUUCUCGAUUCUGGGACAGAGUUUAAAAAUGGGAUAGCGUACAAGUUCAGCUAUGAAACUCUAAUGGAGACUACAUUGGAAGGAAUUGAUAUGGGCAAAACUUCCCUGAUGCUAACAGCUGAUAUAGAAAUCUUUGGAGGAAAAUCUGAUGUGAAGAUUCAAAAUAUAAGAAUGCAGCAUGCUGUUGGAGUCUCUCAAAGACUUCACUUUACUGACAUUCCUGUGCCAGAAGAACUAAAGCGCUGUGAACACUUUGGCUACAAACUGCCUGAAGGAGGAAGGCUUGAGACUUUAUAUGUGUCAAGAGAUGCAACUCUGCAGUGUACCAACCUUUUCAGAGGCCUCGCCGAUUUGUUGCCCUUACGAUUAAAGAACCAAAAAGAUUAUGAGACGUUCGAGGAUGGAAUUGCAGGCGAGUGCUUGACAAGGUACAUAGUUGAAGACGAACAGAGUGGCAAUGAACUCACUAUUACCAGGAGCAAGGAUCUGAAUAACUGCAAGAAUAAAGUUGUGAAGUACAUUGGAAUUCCCUUAGUCUACAAUAUCCCGAUUUCCCCACUGAAAGGGAAAACGUUUCCUGGAACUACUGUAACUUUCACGAAAUUGAAACGUGAUGGUGGUGGUAGUGCUGCCCAGCUUGCUAGCAUCCGGUCUAAACAAAUAUACCAGGUUUCUCCAUUCGGUGAAGUUGAUGGUUCUGGAAUUAUAACAGCCAUACAAAAUUUUACCUUGCUUGAGGUAGCUAAUAAACCCUCCCCAGUGGAACAUUCACAGCCGUAUAAGGCUGUCAGCUGUCAUUAUGAGUUUUCAGAAUAUCUGCCCCAAACGCUUCCCAGCACCAAAGACUACAAGAAAAAGGCUGAAGAAAUAUUGAACGAAUUAGCCCACACACAAAGCACUUUGGCAGAGCCUUCUAAGUACCUAGAGCUUAGUCAAUGUAUUCAGCAACUAACUUCUGCUGAUCUGCAAACACUCUUGAAGGAGUUUGAGAAUGAGCAUAUUGUCAGACAUGUCCUGCUGAGUUUAAUUCUGGCUUCUGGCACUUCUGAAUCAAUGGCACUCAUAAGGGACCUAUUCGUCAAAAAUGAACUGAUGGAUGGUGAAGAAUAUUUGAUUCCCAUAGCCUUUUUCUUAACCAAGCCUGACAUCAAUAAAGUGGAAGACUUGUCUAGAAUGGCAGUAGAAAUACUUGCCCACGCAAGAAAAUCAGAACAACGUCUGCUUACGAAGCACCUCUUUCUAACGUAUGGUGUCUUGAUCAAGCAUCAAUGUUCUUUUCAGGCUCGACCCUGCCCCAGCAAAAUUCUUGAUUAUCUCCACAACUUCCUAACUGAUGCAACUAAGGUGCAUAACGAAUACGAAACUAUAUUGGCUCUCAAAACUAUCGGCAAUGCAGUUCAGAUACCCAGCAUAAAGCUAGUGAAAAUCUUGGCUGAAUCUGAGAGAAAUACACCAGAAAUCAUGCUUGCUAUUAUUGACACCAUGAUGCAUUUUGGCAAAGUGGACCCUGCAAAGGCGCAAGCAGUCCUCAUGCCGAUAUAUAUGAACCCUUCACAUUCCAUCCAAAUCCGAACAAUGGCUUGCAGGGCCCUCUUUGAAACUAACCCUGGCGUCCCUGUGAUAACAACUAUUGCUAAUGUGGCAGCUGAAGACAAGGAUCCAAAAUUUGCCACUUUUGUAUUUCGAAUGCUAAAUGAUUGUCAAAAUCUCAACUUACCAAACUACUCCAUCAUGCGAUCUGCUUGCAGUAGGGUCAUUAAUUAUAUGGCCAGUUAUCGUAACAGAAUGAACUAUCCUAACAGCAAGGUUCUUCAUUUCAAGCUCUUCAGCAGUUCAUAUGACUCUGGGUUCCUUGGAAAAUUCAUCUUUGUAAAGAAUGACAAAUCAGUGAUUCCCUCAAAUGUCAUCAUUAGUUCAGAAGCAUUGCUCCCAGGUGCAAGUGUUAAACUAUUAGAGAUUGCAUUUCAAAGUGCAAACGUCAUGCAACUGCUUCAGGAGCACAAAGGCCAAUUUGAUCAAUACUCUGCCCAUCAGAAGAUAAAAGAUACUGAACAGAAGCUGUCAGGAUUCAAGGAAGUAUCUGGAAUAGAUCCUCUCUUAUUUGCCUCUCUCAGAUUUUCUGACUAUGAUAUCACUUAUCUUGACACUAAAGAAAUGCAACAAUUAAUGAAGUAUAAGGAGAUAAUCGCGAUAAUAUUGAAAUACAUAGAAUCCAUGAAAGGCAUCACUGAUACACAAUUCACUCAAACUCUGCCUUUGGAAGUUCGGUACCUGGUUCCUAAUGCUGUUGGUAUGACAGUUGAAGUAGGCUUCAGUGGCAUUGUGAAUGCACUUGCUGCAGUGAAAGGCAAAAUAGACGUAUCUCACCCCGAUCUCAGAGAAGCCAGUCUACAAGCUCAGCUUGAGGGCAAGAUUAGUCUCAAUGGUGAGGGAAAAUUUAUGUUUGGAGUUAAUGCUGGUAUCCUGCAGAAUGUUUUGGAAAGUAUAGCCAGUUUUCAAAUGACCAUCACACCCAAAAUGGAAGCCUCACUGGACAUGAAAAAUAAGAACUUCAAAAUCAACUUUGACUUCCCACAGAAACCGUAUAGGAUUAUGACUACAAGCCACGAGGGACGUGUUGUAUCAAGAGGUCUGAACUUUGAGAAAACGGCUCCAGUUCUUCCAGCUGAAUUUGCAGUUGACAUCUUGUAUGGACACUUCAGUGUAGGAAAAGGCAGCAAUAAACAAAGAAAUCCUUCCAAAAAACGCCAGCAAGAGGAGUUCAAAUUGUCCAUUCCAUGUCUGACGACCCAUAUUGCAAUUAUACAACAAGCCGAUGACGUUUUGCCUUUAACACGUUCACUGCUCCACAUGGCUGCUGCAUAUCACAAAAUGAUAGUUAAUAUGAUAACAGAUUGUCCGAUCGAUAAGGUCAAGGCAGAGUUCCAGCUCAACCCUCAACCACUGAGGAUGAGGAGGGACUUGAGAUCCUAUGAUGAAGAAAAGGGACACAGUAAAAAAACAGUUGAGAUCAGGAGCAGUGACAGCAGCGACAGCACCAAGAGCAGCGACAGCACCAAGAGCAGCGACAGCACCAAGAGCAGCGACAGCACCAGGAGCAGCGACAGCACCAGGAGCAGCGACAGCAGCAGCGAGAGCCAGAGUGAUCACCGCAAACAGAAGCGUGGUCAUCACAAUAGGUCUCCUCGCAGCGAUGCCAGCAGCAGCAGCAACAGUGACUCCACCACCAGCAACAGCAGGAAUGAGAUUAAGAGUGGAGUCCGCUGUACGGACAAGCACCAUUGCCAGGACAAUGAUUCUAGCAGCAGCAGCGAUUCUAACAGCAGUGAUUCUAACAGCAGUGGUUCCAGCAGCAGCAGCGAUUCUAACAGCAGUGAUUCUAACAGCAGUGAUUCUAGCAGCAGUGAUUCUAGCAGCAGUGACUCCAGCAGCAGUGACUCCAGCAGCAGUGACUCCAGCAGCAGCAGCAGUGAUUCUAGCAGCAGUGAUUCUAGCAGCAGCAGCAGUGAUUCUAGCAGCAGUGAUUCUAGCAGCAGCAGCAGUGAUUCUAGCAGCAGCAGUGACUCCAGCAGCAACUCCAGCUCCAGCAGCAGCAGCGAUUCCAGCAACAGUGACAGCAAUUUAUUGUUUCAUGUGCCACACUUAUCUCUGAGUGACAGGAUGUUUGGGGACGGUCCAAAAGAGAUUUAUGAGAUGACAUUCAGAUCAGUGCAAAAACAGCAGUCAAGGAAACAGCAAACGGAUAGCAGUAGAAAAAGCAGGCGCGGCAGCAGCAGCAGAAGAACCAGCAGCAGCAGCAACAUAAAAAGACGCAGCUCCUCAUCUUCCUCCAAUUAUGAUUCUAGCAGCCAAGAAGACACAAAAGGCACACCGUUGAAAACAGUUAUGUAUGCUAAGUUCCUGGCCCUCCGUCAUGAUAAGAAAGAAGUUGGAUUCACUGCUGCGCUGCUCUCUAGCUCCUCCCAGGUGAAAAUCAACGUGAAAAGCUUUGAACAGCCAGACAAGACAGUUGCUGUCUUGGAAGCUGGAAUGCCCAACCCUUACAAACUAGAGGCUUUGCUGGAAACAGGCGCAGGGUUAAAGGCGAAACUUGGAGCAGAAAUGGAGAUAGGUUUGUUUGAUAAGCAUCUAGCUGUGCAGGGGAAGUUAACACAUUCCAACCUUCCAAAACAACAGAUGGAGUAUAUGGAAAGGUUUCAGGAGCUGAUCCCUGGAGUUGCUUUCAAGAUGGGCCUUACAGAAAUAGUUCAAAGAAACCCCUCGCAAGAGAUCACAGUGAUUUUAGCUUUAAUUACUGAAAAAGAUGCUGCCGUGGUCAUGAGGACGGAAGAUAGGACCUAUUUUGAUGAAGACUACAAGCUUCUAUAUUCAUUGCCUCUGGACCCCUCCAUCCAAAUCCCCAAAAUCUGGGACAUUCCAACUAGGAUCCUUGCUAGUGUGAAUGGUAUUUGCAGAGUAGACGAUCGAGUGGUCUUAGGCUUCAAUGGAGAAGAGACCUCUAAAAAUAUGCCUCCAGACUGUUUCAUGCUCUUGUUACGAGACUGUAGCUGUCACAAGAAACUUAUGGUGCAAAUGAAAUAUGAAUCUGAUCAUGAAAACUCCCCAUUACUCAAGAUCAAUAUUGGCAACAAUGAAAUUAUCUUGAUGUCUCGCAAUGAAAAUGUCUUGGUAUAUAUUAAUGAUACUGAAAGAAAUCUGGAAUCAACAGCCCCACUCAGACUGGACGAUUUCCCCAUGAUGCUUUCAAAAGAAGAAAACAGAGUUACUAUUUCUGCUUCCCAGUUUGGACUUGAGAAAUUGACCUUUAAUGGAACUAAUGUCAAGAUUGAAGUUAAUCCCUUGAUCACAUAUGGAUGUGGUCUCUGCGGGCUGUACGGUGAAGUGUCAGAGAAAUACCGAACACCAAGUGGCCGCAUAGCUAAAGAUAGCACCGGCUUUGGUCACUCCUGGGUAGUCCCUGGUGGAGUUUGCAAUCUGCAGCAGUCUAUGGUGAACCAUCCGAGCCCAUCUCUGCUUGGAGAACAAAAUAUUCAAUGCAUUUCCAAUCAGCCAGUGUUGGAAUGUCGCAAAGACUGCACACCCACCACAGCCACCCAAAUUUCUACUGGCUUCCACUGUGUACCUACUGGAACAACUUUGCCUGCCAACCUGGCAAAACUGGCUGAAAAAUCUGAAGACCUGGUAGCUCUUGUUAACUCCGAUAUUCAAGUACCUUUCUGGAUGAUGGGGAAAACCUGUGGAAUUUGUGGAAGAUAUGAUGUUGAAUAUGAACAGGAAUAUAAGAUGCCCAGUGGCUAUGUAGCCAAAAAUGCAGUGAGCUUUGUUCAGACUUGGAUUCUUCCAAAAGAUUCUUGUGUCACAGGUUAA